CAGCUGGUAGCUUUAGCUUUAGCUACGUCAAUGCAACGGAAGUAGCAUGUUUGUGCACACAAUACGUGGAGCUGGUUUCCCUAGCACUAAUUAAACCAACUAUGUUGACGUAAGAUAAAAACACUUUUGGGCAGCUAUGUGUGACCUCGCCUGGGAGGUGCUCCAGUAGAUGAUGGAUUUCCUCACCCUGUUUGUUAUCUACGUCAUCGUGGUGCUCACAUGUAUAUUCUUAGUCUGCAAAUACUCAGGUCAACAGCAAACUCCCUUUAGUGUCUUAUUCAACUGUUUAGUGAAGGUAGUUUCACCAUUUACACCAACAUGCCUCCAAACGUUUACACAGUGGUGCCUGCACAGGCUGUUCCAUCAGAGGAACAACAUGUUCAUCUAUUUACAUAUCCUGCUGGAGGGAGUGGUGUAUGCAGAGUUUUCCUAUGAGGUGUUCGGCUUCUGCAGGGACAUGGACACAACUCUAAGCAGCCUGUCUGUGCCUUACAUCCUGCUGGUUAUAAAGAACUGCUUCUUCUACCUCUGCGUUAAAAGAGAUCCAGGAACAGUGACAAAGAAGAAAGUCGCUGGCCAGCUUCAAAUCUACCCGUACGACAGGAGGCUGUUUCACCCGGGAGUCUCAUGUCCAACCUGCCAGCUCAUCAAACCUGCUCGCUCCAAACACUGCAGGCUCUGCGACAGGUGUGUGCAGCGUUUUGACCACCACUGUGUCUGGGUGAACAACUGCAUCGGAGCUCAGAACACGCGGUACUUCCUGCUGUACCUCUGUAGCGUGUGUGCCAUGGCGGGCGACAUGGCCGUACUCACAGGAGACAUGCUGCUCCACGCCGUGCUGCGGUCAGGGCUUCUGGCAGCCAGUUAUAUAGACGAGUUCGGCCAGCAGCAGCCAGCAGGGUUUAUGUUUGUUGUACAGCAUCUGUUCCUGACUUUCCCCCGAAUUAUCUUCAUGCUGGGAUUUCUGGUCUUUGUCUUCUUCCUCCUGGCGGGUUAUGCCCUCUUCCAUUCCUACCUCGCUCUCGUCAACCAGACCUCCAACGAGUGGUACAAAAGUCGAGGAUACUUUUGUCAGCACUGCCACCCAACUACAACAGCGGACCACCUCUGUAACCCGGCCCCAGAUCACUCCAAAAGAUACUACUACAGCAGGGGGAUACUACCAAACCUGGGAGAGAUCUUCUUCCCUCUAAAAUCGGUUCAGAAAAAAGACAUUUAAAAAAAUGAAUACUGCCUUGUAUGUUUUUAUGCUGCAUUUACUGUACCAUCCCCCAUGGGGUUAAGUGUCCUUAAGAACUGCUGCUGACAGACGAUAUAAAGUUUGUGUGUGAUUUCUUAAAGGCCUCUGGAGUUAUGACUAAUUAGAAAGCAUACUGUCACUCAAAAGUGCUCCCUGUUGGAUCAAAUCCUUGUCCAUUAAUUAAAUACUGUAGCGGAAAGCUCAGGACAUCUUAUUCUGAUUUUCUUUUCUUUUUUAAAUCCUUUGCCUGCAAUCAACUGACUCAUUAGCACUUUCAUACUGACAACACAUGUCCUACUUUUCAGUGAACAUACAGAAGGCCUCACAUUUCAAUACAUUUCAAUUUCAAUACAAAUCUUUAUCAGGCAUGGAUCAACUUAAAGUUUGAGCAGAUACAAAUUAAUUAGUUUAAAAAUAACUGCUUACAAUUGGAAACGUCAGGCCAGCAGGGAGAGUUUAACACCGUUAUAUAACUUUGACCCUGAGUUUUAAAACAUCACACAAUUGGAUGAUACACAAUAUUUAGCAUAAAACUCAAACUCAUGGUUUUUCUGUUUUGGUUCUGUGUUUGGCCUUCAUGUAGUCUAUUUGGGGAUUGCACACUGUGUGUAGUUGUCUUUUUACUUUUCUUUUUGUUUGACCACCUGUAGGCCUCCCAUUAGCUGAGGAGGAUUUAACUGAAGACAAACAAUAGCUGUACAUCAAUAACUCUAAAAUAAUAAAACACCAGAAUAUUUUUA